UUGACGCUCAGUAUGGAGCGGGUGCACCAGUCCGUAGGCCUGCAGUCAUCACUCGGUCAAAUUUAAGAAUGUCUGCCAUUUACAGUUCAGUUUAAAAUUGCAAAAGCAAGCAUGAGUAAUAGUGGAAAAGGAUCAUCGCUGGGCAGCAGCAAAUCGUCUCCUAGUUUCCUGGACCAAUAUUCUAAACGGGAUGAGACGAAAUUACACGAGAAUGGGAAAGAAGGCAUCCCGCAGGAUGAAAAUUCCAGGCCAGCUAAACUGAAGGAUGGAAAGCUUGCUGAAGAGAGAUUAGAAAAUGUUGGGCAGCAAAUUUUAAUGGCUGUCGAUCAAACGAAAAAUGAAAUAAAUAUCGGUGAAAAUACGAAGUCGUUUAAAGGUGAUAUUGACAUGGUCCUUGAUGAGGAAUUUGAUAAACUUUCCGAUCCAGAAAAAGAUGUCUCCGGUACCAAGGACCAAAAUGACCAAACUUUACUUCCCAACAAAAAGCUUGGAUCAAAACAAAACAACAAUGCAAGUGUGAGGCCUAAAGUGCCAUUCUGGAAAGUGUCGAAUCAAUCAAACCCUAAUGGCGUCCGUGAUGAAGAGAAGUCUCCUCGUAACAACACUAAGAGGAACAUAUUCUCCUCCUCCAAAAAUCCAUUUUUACAGACAUCGUCGCAACCACAGAGUAGAAGAACCGCCAGACGAUUUUCUGAACUUGAUCCCCGUCAAGCAGGAUUAGAGAUGCCGGGCUGGCAAAGGAAACUCUCUCUUCUCUUCGUCCCUCCAAGUCAAGAGGAAUUACAGAUUGAUGCUGGAGAUUCGACCGAACUCCUCCCGGGCGGCGAUGCACCAACGAUUGUCGCGUCGAACCGAACCAGCCGAAGCAGCAAGAAGAAAACCAAACACGCUGGGGUGACCGCUAAUAAGAAAAUUUCCAAGGUCUCUGACAACAUCAAAAGCAGUGGAAAUCUCAGUGAUGAUAAUUCAGCUUCAUCGUCGGACGAGGGCGCGCCAGGAUCGACUAGACGCAGCGAACUUUCGCCUCUGAUGGACCGUCGGUCGCGGCCUGGGACGACCAGUUCGCCGGACGGGGAAGUCCCGGCCUACGAAGACUCAAUCUGCUCCAACAGAUCAGCGUACUUCAAGCGAUUCUAUCGACAAAGUGGGAACUUCGAUGCAGCAGAACAACAGCCCUCAAACUUCAACUCCAUCGCAUCGCUCGUCCGCGAGAAAAAUGUAAAGAAAAUGCCUGCAGUUGAAGAGAAGAAGAAGAAGCCUCCUGAAGACUACCAGAACCUCGCUCUGUCCAUCAUUCUGCUAACCAUCAUCGUCAUUCUGAUCACUCUUAUUUAUCACUACUAUCAUCUCCACAUCUUAUCUGUGUUCAUCUUCGACAGAAUCAAGAUUGUUGAAGCAGAUCGUGUAAUGGAGGUGAUGAGUGUGGACGACGAGUCAGGGUAUCGCGCUCCGCUAGUCAAAAUUAGACUCGGAGUUGAAUUCCCGGUCAACACAGCGCACACAGACUGUACAGAUUACCUGACAUACCUGAUCGACGUUAUUGGAGAAAGCAACGAUCCUCCGCAGAAGCGGAAAAGAAGAUCCUUUGAGGGAACGGUGCGGAGUCUGGCUAAUCGUAAAGCAGCCCUCAGUUCAAUUUCACCAACUGAGCAACUGAGAUCGGAUUCGCUAAUUACCUAUAACAAACUCACAGAUGCAUCGAGACGGGAAAAACGCUCGACUGAAACUAAAGUUACUGAGACGAACUCAACUGAUGCAAUUCCCAGCAUUGGUUCCGAUAAAUUGGAAGUCGCGAUCAACACAACAUCGGAUGACGAGAAAUUAAACGAAGUUGAAGAUGACACAGAAUCUUCAGACGUUUGGUUCAACAAUAUGUUAGCCCCAGCUCAAGCUGUUAUGGAAACGCUUCCUACAACCACAACUGCAUCAUUAAUAUCUGAAGACAAAAUUCAUAAUUCCGACCUUCUCAUUGAACCAAUUUUAGCUGAGAAUGAUGAUCCAAAAUCCAAACCAACUCCACAGGAAGCGCUAGAUCAGAAACCGACAAUUCCUGCACGAAACCCCAACAUCGGAGGUGCAUUUGACGAUCGGAAUCAUGUGAACGGGGAUGCUGUUGCUGGCCGAAGAGUUUAUGUUGCAAAUGAAGCGUCUGCUAAAAUUGAUCGGGGUAAUACGAAUUAUAUGAUCGAAGCUGAAGAAGAAGCCGUUUCAGUAGAAGAUUUUCCUUAUGGAAUCUACGAAACGGACCCGUUUCAAUUUGGAGAUCAUUUUUCCGACAUGCAGUGCGUUGAUUUCAAGAACAAAGCUAGACUACAACUGACACACCGGCCCCCACUGGAUGACGUGGACUGUUUCAGCGUUCAUUGGGAAUCUUCCAGCUCCGACCUGGUGAUGAAAGAUUGCUUCAUUAUGGACAAGAACACGACAGGUGUCUGGUGGGGUGUGGGUGAUGUAACUGGAGGUGCCAUGCCACUCACAAAACUGGAUAAAAUAUCUGAGACCGCUUUGUAUUCUGGUCAGAUCCAGCAAAACGCUGUUGGUGGCCUGCUGCGCAGGAUAUGGAUUUCAUCUGAAGGAAUUUUGGUAUCCAUUCCGUUUGCAGCUGGCGCGAAGCUGAGUGUGAAUGCUCUGCAUGAACCCAGUAGGGAAUUUUGCUUACUAUCGGAAAAUGAUGUAGAUUUUAAUCACCCCAAUGUCCGCAAAAACCUUAAUUUAGAUUAUACGCUCUGUACUGCCCCUAAAGUUGCUUCACUCUUGAGUAAACUGAGUGACAUAGAACGCAUGGACAGCAUUGAGUAUGCCACAUCAAAAUGGCAUAAGUCCCUUCAUCCCUUGCCAGAUGAUGUUGAGCUCAUCCACACGCCGGCGGUUGUAACAAGUCGAACCUUACGCGAGGUGGCAGAUCGAUUCUUGUGUCCCAUUUGGCGGCCAUGGAUAUCAAAAGAUGAGAGCUCUAUUGAUCAAGAUGAUGUUAUCGCUUAUGUGGAGUCAAUUGCUUCAAACCUACGCAACACCUGCGGUUAUGUUUUGCUUCCAGUUUCGUGGCAAACAAAACUUGGCACUUUAGAGUUCGAUUAUCAUAGAUUUCCCAACCCAAAUCUGUUGAUGGAAAGGUUGAACAGAAAAGGACUAAAAUUGGCAUUAACAUUAUCAUCGCUAAUAGACGUUGAGAUUGCAGGAUUUACUAAUUCAUCGAUUAUGGAUUUGCUGAUUCGCCAGAUAAAUUCAACGCUUCCGAUUUUAGUUCCUUCAUCGAAAACUAAAUCUGCGGCAGUGUUAGAUUUCACUAAUCCAAACACCGUGGAAUGGUAUUCAUCUCAGUUGAUAAAGCUCAAAGAUAAGUACGGUAUUAACUCUUUCCAUCUUUCACCGACUAGCACGCAAUCUUUGCCACCAUACCGCAAGUUUUACAGUGCACACCCUAAUCCUGAUUAUGCCAUUCGGCAAUUUAUAACAGCAGUCUCGCGAGUAAAGGCUCCGAUCAGCACGAAUACUGCCAUCAUUCCGGUAGAUGCCCCGACAUUCUUAACUGUGAGUUACGUAGAUUCCAGUUGGGAUAUGUUAGAAAUGCUGCCUAACAGAAUUAUUACAAUUAGUGCCGUCGGUGGAAAUUUGGUGGAUGCUGGGGUUGUGGGAGGCUGGUCCACUCAACCUGGGCAAAUUCCAAGCAGAGAACUAUAUGUUCGUUGGAUGGGAGUGAGUGCAUUCCUUCCGGCUAUGGAAAUAUCCGUUCUACCAUCUAUGUACGAUUCAGCAGUAGUGGCUAAAAUGAACGAUCUCAUGAGAAUUAGGGAGGAAUUGGUUAUUCCUAGGUUCCGGAAAAAUCUCAAUGAAAGUAUUACCAAUAAUUACCCAUUGGUAUCACCAUUGGCUUUGAAAUUCCCAAAGGACCUAAAGAGUUUAUCCAUUGGAGACCAGUGGAUUGUGGGGGAAGACUUAAUGGUUGCUCCCGUGCUGAAAAGAGGUGCUCGGUCAAGGGACAUUUACUUGCCACCUGGAAUAUGGAAAGACAUUUUGUACGAUAAGCUGUUGAAAGGCAAACGAUGGCUAAAGAAUCACAGAGUUGCGAAAGGAAAAGUCCCGUAUUUCUUACUUGUCAACCCUGAGAGAGGACCAAAAUCGCAAAGAGAAAGGAAAGAAAAAAGCAUCUGAAGCAUACUGAACUCUGAUCCUUAGUCACUAAUUCAAGUUAAAAGAAGACUUACGGUAUAAAAAAUAGUCCAUCCAUGAGGGGGGAUUUUUAUCAGGGAUGUUAGAUCAUGUAGAAUGGUUAGAGGACUUAGAAUAUGUAGAACCGAGUUUAUUUGAGUUGAUUUUAAAUAGGCCUUUAGUGACUCAGCUCUUUCUUCAAUAAUACUUGAAGUUUUUAAGCUGUAACCCAUGUUGAGGUAUCGACAAAAUUCACGAAAAUUUUUUUCAUUAAUCUUGCGGUUGUUCCUUGUCUCUGGCGAAAAUAAGAUUAAUAACAUCUUAGCAGCUUGACGGAUUUUUCAAGUGCCGACGUCGUCAUUUUGGAGCGAUGGUGGCUUAAUUAAUUCAUUUUCUCAGAUGAAGAAACGAUGUGGACCAUUUUUUUGCCCGCUUGACGAUAAUUGUUGCUUUUUUAAUGCCGUACUUGGAUUGGUUCAAUCAAGUCGCGGUUAUGCUACUAUCGAUUUGUUAGUUGUGUAAAAGUAAACCCUAUGAGCUGAUUUAAUGUGCCAGAAUAUGUUAAGGUAUAAAUGAACUUUUUCACUCUAAUUAAUUUCAUGUGUUGAUUGCUCUGAAAUUGGGAUGUGCCUCUGUGUUGUGUGUAUCAGUUAAAAAACGCCAGAAUUUACUGACUGUCCGAUGGUCCACAUAUUACCAUUUAAUAUAUUAAACAACAUGUAGCUAAUAUAUACAUUUAUAUAUAAACUGUAAAGACAUAAAUGCUAGUGGUACUGUAAGCCAAUUUGAAGUAUAUAAAAAUGAUAAGUAAAAUAAGUGAAAAUUUUAACUUUUAACUCUCAUUUACUGCUAAUUAUAAUUCUACGGUGAGAAACGACGAGAAAUGAAGACAGCCUCGAUGUGUGAAUACCCUUAUAAAAAUUAGUUGCAUUUUGUCAGUUAUAAAGGGAAACAGAACAGAAAACACCG